AUGGGCAAUUUAAUGCACGACUCACUAGGUACUUUGCCUGGCACUCAAAUUUUGAACUGUUUCAAGCGGUCCACAAAUUUUCUGGUUACCGUGUAUGGAGAACAUUUUGAACAAGGUGAACCAUUCCAAAGUUACACGGUCGGUUCGAAAGAAACGGCUAAGGAGUUGAUUCAACAAAUUCUACGACGAAAUCACCUGAAUUUAAAGGACCCCAACCUUUUCUAUCUGACAUUUCACAUAGAUCCACGAUACAUUUCGACAAAUUACGAGCUCAUGGCCGUUCCUCGAUUUACUCAUGGUUCCAGUGAUCGCUCGGGGGGUAAAAGCCACGUUGGAACUCUUUACAGUGAUGCUAUCCUCUCUCGAACUCUGGAUCUCACAAAAGACAAUAGGAGCGCUUCGGAUCGAUAA